AUGAGUGGACUUCAUAAGCAACAACGGCAAACAAAUGUCGGUUCUAUACUACUGACGCCUCAAGAGAAUGAAUACCUUUUCAACCACCUUGGCAGAAAAUGCAUCACGUUGUCGUCAGCAGUGGUCCAGGUUUUCACCGCGGACAGAAACGCCACCUGGACCAAGAGAUGUUGCGGCGUGGCCUGUCUGAUCAAGGACAACCCGCAGCGGUCCUACUUCAUCCGAGUAUUUGACAUUAAGGACGGUAAGAUGCAGUUCGAACAGGAGUUAUACAACAACUUCAACAUAAAUCCGUGCAGAGCGUUCUUCAUCACGUUUGCUGGAGACACAUGCCAAGUGGGCCUGAACUUUGCUAGUGAGGAGGAGGCCAAGCGUUUCCGUGGUCAACUGUCGGAACUUUUGAGCAAAAGGCAAAGGAAAACUGAGAAGAGACGAGAGCCUCCGAAUGGCCCCGCAUUGCCCAUGGCCACCGUGGACAUUAAAAACCCCGAAAUCAGCACGGGGCACCGCUUCCAUAGCAACUCUCAGAUGAACAACAUCAUGCACUCCACCUUCACCAAGAGGGAGAAGAAGGGCAAAGGCAAGAAGAAGAGACUAACCAAGGCUGACAUCGGCACACCCAGCAACUUCCAGCACAUCGGGCACGUAGGAUGGGAUCCAAACACAGGCUUUGACUUAAACAAUUUAGACCCAGAGCUGAAGAACCUCUUCGACAUGUGCGGCAUCUCUGAGGCUCAGCUCAAGGACAAAGAGACUUCCAAGGUCAUCUACGACUUCAUUGAGAAGAAGGGAGGGGUGGAAGCAGUCAAAAAUGAGCUGCGUAGGCAAGCUCCUCCUCCCCCUCCCUCCAGAGGUGGCCCUCCUCCCCCUCCCCCUCACCACAGCUCAGCCCCACCGCCCCCACCUCCUGCCCGCGGGCGAGGCGCACCGCCACCCCCUCCGCCCUCAAGAGCCCCCGUAUCGGCACCGCCGCCCCCGCCUCCGUCCCGGCCGGGCAUGACGGCACCUCCUCCUCCGCCGCCGCCCAGCCGAGGCUCCCUGCCUCCGCCCCCGCCGCCGGCCCACGCCUCCGCGCCUGGGCCACCACCUCCGCCUCCACCACCAACAUCCUCGAUCCCGUCAUUCACCGGAGUGGCGGCCCCUCCGCCACCCCCGCCCCCUCCGCCGCCGAUGUCCUUUGAUUCUAAUGGAGUGGACAGCCCGCAGCCCCUUAGCGGGGGCAAGUCGGCCUUGCUGAGUCAGAUCCGAGAAGGCACCCAACUUAAGAAGGUGGAGCAAAAAGAGCGACCGGCGUCCAACACGGGGCGAGACGCGCUCCUGGACCAAAUCCGACAAGGAAUCCAACUCAAACCUAGGGACGAAACCAAUGACUCACCUCCUUCCUCCCUGGCCCCCUCGGCCGGCAUCGUGGGGGCUCUCAUGGAGGUCAUGCAGAAAAGGAGCAAGGCUAUUCAUUCUUCAGAUGAGGACGACGACGACGAAGAUGAUGAGGACUUUGAAGAUGAAGAUGAAUGGGAUGACUAG